AUGUCGGCGAACCUCGAGGCUCUGGACAAGGAGGCGCAGAUGCUGCGCGCCGCCAUCGACGGCAACCGCGUGGACGAGGCCGCCAAGAUCCUCGCGCAGCUGAAGAUGGCGCUCACGACGCUGCCGGCGCUGCCUCCGUGCGGCGUGGACUCCCCCACCGCCAAGCAGGAGCUGGAGCUCGCCCGCCACGUGCUCGAGAGCGCCACGCUGCUGAGCAUCCUGCGCGAGGACAUGACGGCCUUCGAGCGCAGCAUGAUCCAGCUCAAGGUGUACUACAACAGCGGGCUGCAGCCCUCGCCGCUGCACUACCCGAUCCUGGGCACGCGCCUGCUGCAGCUGCUGGUGGAGAACCGCAUGGCCGAGUUCCACAACGAGCUGGAGCUGCUGCCCGAGCAGAGCCGCCAGGACCCCAACGUCGCCUUCGCCGUCAAGCUGGAGCAGUACCUGAUGGAGGGCACGUACAAUAAGGUGCUGGAGGCGCGCGCGAACGUGCCCAACCCCUUCUUCCGCUUCUUCCUGGCGCAGCUGCUGCAGACCGUGCGCGAGAACAUCGCCGACUGCGCCGAGGUGGCGUACCAGUGCCUCACGCUGGCCGACGCGCAGCAGAUGCUCAUCUUCGACUCGGCUGCCGAGCUCAACACGUACGUCCAGGAGGAGAAGCCCGAGUGGGUCGUGCGCGAAGGCCGCAUGUGGUUCAAGGCCCCCGAGAAGUCCCUCGGCGCCUCGGACAUCCCGUCGUUGAGACUAGUGGGCGAGACGCUCGCGUACGCAACGGAGCUGGACCGUAUCGUAUAAGGAAGAGCAGUAGGCAAGUGAUGAAUGAACAGCACGCGGCGCGCUGAGGCGCUGAGAGGGGAGGGUAACCAGCACAAUGAAAGCCGCGUCAUUUUACUCACG